AUGGUUGUAAAGAAAACGACAAAGCCACAAUGGCCAGAGACUUUAAAAGGUUUUGUUAAAAAAUGUAAAAAUUUGGAUAGAUUACCACUUAUAAAUACUGUAUUGUCAACAACAUUACCAAAGAAUUUUCAAAUAGGACUUAAUGAUAAAAAACAACAUGAAAUAAUGCAUUUGGCACAUUUAGUGCAUAAGCAAUGCGCACCGCACGAUAUUAACGUUAUUAUUGAUUUUGGUGCAGGUUUGGGAUAUGUUUGUCAAUUAUUAUAUCAUUUGUAUGGUUACAAAGUUCUGGGAUUAGAAAGAAACCAAGCAAAUGUAAAUAAAGCUAGAGACAGACAAGUAAAAAUGUAUCCUGAUUCAUUAGAAUAUGUUAAAUAUAAUUGCUGUGAUUUAACAUGUGACUCUGUUGAAAUAAUAGAGACUAUUUUACGUACUGAAUUCCAAGAAAAUUCAAAUGUUUGUUUAAUUGGUUUGCAUGCUUGUGGUGAUCUUAGCAUACAUGCAUCAAAAAUAUUUCUAAAUAUGAAAGCAGCACAGAUUUUUAUUAUGAUCUCUUGCUGUUAUCAUAAACUAUCAAUAUCGAAAAGGAUACAAAUAAAUGCAUCGACCGAAAAACAAUACUUUAAUAACUUCCCGUUAUCUGAGUGUCUUAAAUCCGUAAUUCUCAACACUGAUUUUGAUAUUGGUCUCUUCUUAAGGCAACCGUUUUUACGAUUAGCGUGCCAAGAACCAGCAGAUAGAUGGAAUAACAUGUCUGUUGAAACUCAUAAUCAACAUUCUUUUUACGUUCUUGCAAGGGCAGUCCUUCAAUUAUAUGCAACUGAAAAUGGUUUCCUUCUCAAGAAAUGUACUCGUAAAGGAACAAGAAUAUCACAGUGUUUAAAUUUUGAAACUUACGUUAAAGAUUCAUUAAAUAGAUAUAUUUUACAACCGUUAAAAGACGAAAAAAUCGAAGUACAAGAUAUACAAUCCGAUCUUGAUAUACAUGAGAAAAAUAUAAUAGAACUGUGGAAAAGUCAUUAUAAUAAACUAAAAGUUGUAGAAAUUUAUACCGCAUUACAAUUGAUGUUACAAUCAGCGGCAGAGUCACUUAUCCUUCAAGAUUGGUCAUGUUGGAUACACGAACAGGGUUUAGAUGCUACAAUUAUUCCAGUUAUGAACAAACAGUUAUCUCCGCGGUCAUAUGCAAUUGUAUCUUGGAAACGAUAA